UAAACCAACUUAGCUUGGCAUCGAUCAAAUUCAAUCGUCCAUUGAAUUUGAUACGAUCGGUCGCGUCUUCUCCUUUCCGAUCCUCACAGUACCGUCCGCAAGGAUUAACCACGCACAUCGCCUAGGAUUACCUACGCACCCGGGAUUACCGCAACUGCCGUUUGUAGCAGUCCGAAAGUGUACACCAUGAGAAGUGCACUGUUCGUCUUGGCGCUUUGCGUUGUGGCUGUGGCCACCGCAUCGGCCGAUACCCAUGAGCGCAAGACUCGUGCCGCCGAGGGAUACUUUUACCCCCCGCCCGAUGUUCCAUUCGAUCUGCCAGUCCGCACCACCCAGCCGCCCACAAGGCCGCCAACGCGCCCUCCCACUAGGCCACCCACCAGGCCACCCACCAGGCCACCCACUAGGCCUCCCACGCCACCACCAACCUACUUGCCGCCCACCAACAAGCCACUGCCACCAGUGACCACCCGUCUGCCUCCUCCACCACCACCACCAAGGACUCCUCCCCCAACGAGGCCCCCAACUAGGCCACCAACCACUCGUCCGCCAGCAACCUACUUGCCACCCACCAACAAGCCACUGCCACCAGUGACCACUCGUCGUCCAACACCACCACCAACGAGGCCACCACCACCACCAACGCGUGCGUCGACUCCGGCUCCUACUUACCUGCCACCCACCAACAAGCCACUGCCACCAGUCACCGUGCGCACCACUGUUCGCACCACUCCUCGUCCAACUCUGCCUCCUACCAGGCCACCAACUCGUCCGCCAACUCGCCCACCAACCACUUACCUGCCACCCCCAACUGUGCGCACCACCCGCCCUCCUCCACCACCCACUCGUCCCCCAACUAGGCCACCAACCACCUACUUGCCUCCCGUUACCGUGCGCACCACCCGUGCUACCCCACCACCAACUCGCCCACCAACCCGGCCACCAACCUACCCACCGACCACUCGUCGUCUGACCACUCCGGCUCCUACUUACUUGCCACCCACUAACAAGCCUCUGCCACCAGUCACCGUUCGCACCACUGUUCGCACCACUCCUCGUCCCACUCUCCCUCCCACGAGGCCCCCAACUAGGCCACCAACCACCUACCUGCCUCCCCCAACUGUGCGCACCACCCGUGCCACCCCACCACCAACGCGUCCACCAACCCGGCCACCAACCUACCCACCCACCACUCGUCGUUUGACCACCCCGGCUCCUACUUACCUGCCACCCACCAACAAGCCUCUGCCCCCGGUCACCGUUCGCACCACUGUUCGUACCACUCCUCGUCCAACUCUGCCCCCUAGCCUGCCCCCUACCAGGCCCCCUACCAGGCCCCCAACCCGUCCACCAACCACCUACCUUCCUCCCCCAUCUGUUCGCACCACCCGUGCUACCCCUCCACCAACCCGUCCUCCAACUAGGCCACCACCACCACCCACCCGUGCAUCCACUCCUGCUCCUACCUACUUGCCACCCACCAACAAGCCACUGCCACCAGUCACCGUGCGCACCACUGUUCGCACCACUCCUCGUCCAACUCUGCCUCCUACCAGGCCACCAACUCGUCCACCAACUCGCCCACCAACCACUUACCUGCCACCCCCAACUGUGCGCACCACCCGCCCUCCUCCACCACCCACUCGUCCCCCAACUAGGCCACCAACCACCUACUUGCCUCCCGUUACCGUGCGCACCACUCGUGCUACCCCACCACCAACUCGCCCACCAACCCGGCCACCAACCUACCCACCGACCACUCGUCGUUUGACCACCCCGGCUCCUACUUACCUGCCACCCACCAACAAGCCUCUGCCCCCGGUCACCGUUCGCACCACUGUUCGCACCACUCCUCGUCCCACUCUCCCUCCCACGAGGCCCCCAACUAGGCCACCAACCACCUACCUGCCUCCCCCAACUGUGCGCACCACCCGCCCUCCUCCACCACCCACUCGUCCCCCAACUAGGCCACCAACCACCUACUUACCUCCCGUUACCGUGCGCACCACUCGUGCUACCCCACCACCAACCCGGCCACCAACCUACCCACCGACCACUCGUCGUUUGACCACCCCGGCUCCUACUUACCUGCCACCCACCAACAAGCCUCUGCCCCCGGUCACCGUUCGUACCACCGUUCGUACCACUCCUCGGCCAACUCUGCCACCCACGAGGCCCCCAACACGUCCACCAACCCGCCCACCAACCACCUACCUGCCCCCCGUCACUGUUGUGCGCACCACCCGCCCUCCUCCACCACCCACCCGUAGGACCACAGUCUACGUGCCACCACCAACCGUGCGCACCACCGUGUACGUGCCACCCCCGACACAGCGCACCACAGUCUACGUCCCACCCGCACCCACCAAGCACCAGGGCUACCAAUACCCCGUGCCCAGCAUCCCCUUCAACUUCUAGAUCUAGAGAUCCAGAUGUGAUUAGGGAUAGGGCCAUCGUCUAGGGCUAGAUUGAUCUAGUCAAUUCUCGUACAGUCUAACUUUACACGAUCCGGCGCCAGCGGUGCUAGAGGGCGCCACUGGUGCGCCUGCAAGGACGACACUUGUUUGUUUUUAUUUUAUUUUUGUAAUUAAUGAAUCGCAUACUCAUACAGCUAGGGAUCAUUGUAAAUGAGUGCCCCAAUUGUACAGCUAACAGUCUAUCCAACUCUUGCUAUGUUCUACCACUACUCUACGAUCGAUGGGCGGCCGUCGUCUGUGACGGACGCCAGCUCAAGACUAUAUAGCUCUAUAUUACGAUUAAAUAAACUUUUAAUUCGGAUCGCUGAAACCUGAACAAUAAAAUAAGUUUUUCGAAUAUUUA